UGCGCAAUGUUGUUUGCCCUACACUUGGUAAGUGGUGCCACAUAGCGCACUGUGUGAAGUGUUCCUUUAGUGCACACGUUGAAAUGUCAUYGUGAACACUAAACAAUCAGCAAACUUAGCUACAACUGUAGGAAGAUUCGGGACGUUAUUUCAAGCAGUUCUUCUGACGUUUCCCGUCCUUCGGAGGAUGCAUACUGCACAGAAGAUCAUGAAGGUUUUCAUAACAAGACGCAUCCCACAGGAGGGAUUGAAGAUUCUGUCACAGGCUGGAGUAUGUAAGGUUUCACUGUGGGACUCGGAUGAGCCUGUUCCAAGGGCGGAGCUUCUGAAGGGUGUGGCGGRGGCCCAUGGGCUGCUGUGUCUCCUGUCGGACAAGAUCGACACUGAAGUUCUGGACGCAGCAGGUCCAAACCUGAAGGUGAUAAGUACCUUAUCUGUCGGAUUUGACCACAUGGCCAUGGAUGAGAUCAAGAAACGAGGGGUGCGUGUGGGCUAUACUCCAGACGUCCUGACUGAUGCCACGGCGGAGCUGACCGUCGCCCUGCUCCUGGCUACAGCUCGGCGGCUACCAGAGGGCGUGGUGGAGGUUAUAAAUGGAGGCUGGAGCACCUGGAAACCUCUGUGGUUGUGUGGUUAUGGUCUGUCAGGCAGCACUGUUGGUGUCAUUGGACUGGGACGCAUAGGUAUGGCCAUAGCCAGGAGGCUGAAACCGUUUGGAGUGAAGAAGCUCCUGUACUCUGGAAGGACAGCCAAAUCAUAUGCUGCUGAAGUGGAAGGAGAAUACGUGCCCUUGGACACGCUGGUGUCUGAGAGUGAUUUUGUUGUGGUGUCCUGCGCCCUCACACCAGAUACCCAGGGGCUGUGUAACAAGGACUUCUUCUGCAAGAUGAAGAACACUGCUGUCUUCAUCAACACCAGCAGGGGUGCAGUAGUGAAUCAGGAGGAUCUGUAUCAGGCUCUGUCCAGUGGUCAGAUAGCUUGCGCUGGGCUGGAUGUCACAACCCCAGAACCACUCCCCACCGACCACCCCCUCCUCACCCUCAAAAACUGUGUGGUCUUACCCCACAUUGGCAGUGCCACCUACUCCACACGUGGCAUCAUGGCAGAGCUGUCCGCCAACAACCUGCUGGCAGGCCUACGGGGCACAGACAUGCCGAGCGAACUCAAAUUCUAGUGCUGCUCUACAACUAUUCAACUCUGCCUCUGUCCUCCUUAGAAUCAUUUUGGUCACCCAAUCAGUAGUCAUUACCAGGAAGGUUAGAGCCGUAAGUGACCAGGAAAUAAAUCUGUGUUGGAGUAUUGCAGUUGUAUUAACAUGCUCUCCAAACAUGAAGGUCAACUUUUGCCUCUUGCUCUUAGAUCUUACAAUGUUUAUAAGAAAUAACUCAUUUGUGGUAUGUGACUUGAAUUUUGAAGGAGGAAGUGUAUAGUAUUAGCGUUUGAGAACAUGCCUUGGCACUCUAACAGCGCUUCUAAGAGUCAGCCAUGGCUUCCUUUGAAAGACGUAGAUAAGCACUACAAUGAGUGCACACACUACUAAUUCAUUACAGUGGCCUUCUCGUUCUUAUGAAACACUUUCUGUCAAAUGUAAUCGUACAAAAUACUUAACUAAAAUAGUAAAUGAGUAGUUGUGAUGGUAAUGUUCUGUUGUUCUCAUUCCAGUUGAGAUGUGUGUUUAACAUGUUGAGAUGCAUCUCAGUUGUCUAGUUGUGCAUAAGAUAAACACUCCAUCUCCAAUUCAUUUGUUUCAAAUUCUAUGGUAAAACACUCCAUCUGUAGUCUAACACGCUGUCAUUCUGGCUUUGUUUUUUAAUAAAGCGUUAUGUUCAAUGUAGAAA